AUGAAUAAUUGUGGUGUCAGUGGUGGUGUAGGAGGGGCCUAUGACGCUAAAAUAGCAGGUUUAUAUGACCUCCUUGACACCCUGGGCUCGGGACAUUUCGCUGUCGUUAAAUUGGCGAGGCAUGUAUUCACUGGAGAAAAGGUUGCAGUGAAAGUUAUUGAUAAGAGUAAACUAGAUGACGUCUCAAAGUCACAUUUGUUCCAAGAAGUCCGGUGCAUGAAGCUAGUUCAACAUCCAAAUGUAGUGCGACUUUAUGAAGUUAUUGACACACAAACAAAACUAUAUUUAAUACUAGAAUUAGGUGAUGGAGGUGAUUUGUAUGAUUAUAUUAUGAGACAUGAAUCAGGUCUCUCAGAAUCUCUUGCUCGUGAUUACUUUCGUCAAAUUGUUCGUGCUAUUUCAUAUUGUCACAGGUUGCACGUAGUUCACCGUGAUUUAAAACCUGAAAAUGUGGUGUUUUUUGAAAAAUUAGGUGUAGUGAAAUUGACUGAUUUUGGUUUUAGUAAUAAAUUUUGUCCAGGACAAAAACUUGAGACCUCUUGUGGGUCACUAGCGUACUCCGCACCUGAAAUUUUAUUAGGUGAUUCAUAUGAUGCACCAGCUGUUGAUGUGUGGUCUCUGGGUGUCAUUUUGUAUAUGUUGGUGUGCGGACAAGCUCCUUUUCAAGAAGCAAACGAUAGUGAGACUUUGACAAUGAUAAUGGACUGUAAAUAUAUCAUGCCACCCCAUGUUUCAAACUCAUGCAAAAGGCUCAUUGGAAGAAUGCUUGUUAGAGAACCUGAAAAACGUGCUACGUUAUCUGAAAUAGCAACUGACCCGUGGGUAACUGCUGGUGAGGGUGUAACAGUUGAAGAUUUUGAUACUCCAUUAGUAGCUAAACAAGAUUUAUCAGAAGAUGAUCGUGCUGCCAUCUUACAAAGAAUGGUGAAUGGUGCUAUGGGCACCAAGGAACACAUUCUAGAAGAAUUAGAAAAAAAUGAAUAUAACCAUAUAACUGCUACUUAUUACUUAUUAGCAGAAAGAAAACUCAGGUCGAAAAGGCAAGAGGCGCGGCCGAGCGCGCGGCGGCCCGAGGCGCUGGGCGUGUCGCGCUCGUCGCGCAGCUCGCUGGCGCCGCCGCAGCUGGCCGCCGCGCCGCGCACGCCGCAGGACGUCCCGCCGCGCUCGCGCAAGUGCAGCAUAGUGCGCGAGGAGGAGGACGACGAGGAGGGCGCCGGCGCGGCGGCGGGCGCCCGCGCGGCGGACGCGCGCCGCGGCUCGCGCUCCGAGGGCCGCCUGCACCUCGCGCGCCCCGCGCAGCUCGCCGACAAUCUCGUCAAGGUGAACCUCGACGAAGACGCUCACAUAGCGCCCGCGGCCGCGGAGCCGCCGGCGACGGUGCCGCGCGCCCCGCCCGCGCCCGCGCCCGCGCGCCGCCAGCGCCUGGAGUGCCGGCGGCGGCGCGCGCGCGCCGGCUCGUGCUCGUCGUCCGACCUGUCCGACGAUGACUCCGAGAAGAAGAAGCGCGCCGGCGAGCAGGCGGCGGCGCCGGUGGAGCGCGCGCGCCGCGACUCGCACGACGACUCCAGCGACAGCCAGGAGCGGGCCGCGCGCCGCCCCGCGCCGCGCCCGCCGCCGUCCGCGCCCGCCCACGGUGGCAGCUCGUCCGGCGGCAGUAGCGGCGGCGGCGGCGGCGGGGCGGGCGGCGGCGGCGCGGCGGGGGACGCGCGCGGGGGGAGCGCGGGCGGGCGCCGCCGCCGCGCCGCGCGCAAGGAGAGCCGCCUGAGGGAGUCGCGCUCGCUCAACCGCAUCGCUGAGGUGGAGGAGGCGCAGGCGGCGCGCUGGGCGGGCGCGGGCGGGCUGGUGGCGCUGUGCGGCCGCCCGCUGCUGCGCCUGCUGGCCGCCGCGCGCCCCGCGCCCUCCGCGCGCCGCCUGCACGGCUUGUGCUGA